CUUUUCAAAUGGUAUGGCUGAAUUUUUAAAUUUUUGUUGAUGUUGCGCGUCGUCGUCGGUGUUCCUUAUCGGAUUAAUCCGCGUAAUCGUAACGAUUUAGUAUUUAUCGGAAUGUAAUAAGAUAGUUUGUGAGUGCAAAGUUAAUAUAUUAGACUUAUAUUAUUAGUAUUCGGAUCUUUGAAAAUGGAAAACCAAGGCAUCGUCUACAACCAGUGCCGCUUCUGCCUGAAACUUAUCGAAGAGUUCGCUUCAUUCUCAAUUUUUUCCGCGAAGCCUCGAGCGAACUCAUUGUAUCUCUUCGUCCAGCAGAUGUUGCGCCUAGAGUUCACAGCGGAAAACUCACACGUCUGUCGCGAUUGCUUCGCCGUGUGGCAUAUGAUCCAGGAUUACGUGCAGGCUUGCGCUUGUGCGAAUCAGGUUCUGGCCCUGAGCACGGGACUGACGGUACGGAAGGCAUGGUUGGACAACGGUGAAGAAACCCAGAUGCUGAUCGGGGUUUGCCAGCGGGUGAAGAAACUGUGCCAUGAAAUGGGGAUCCUGCUGAAAACGGUGAAGAAUCCACCAAAGAGGCGCAGGAAACGACGGCAGAGUGAUCCAGUUGCUCAGCCUUCGGAGCAAUCCGAAGCACUGACACGUAAGGAUGCGACGACUACUGAGGAGACUGGCGUUAAAGCGGAGGAGGCGGUUGAGAUCGACGACUCGGAUGCAUUCCAGACAGAUGAUCCGCUAGAAGCGCGGAGAAAUGAUAUGGAAGAUAGGCUGUCGAUGGAAUCGGCUCCAGCAAACGUAGAAGCAAUAGAUGAUCCUUCUGGAGAUGCAAAUGAAUCGAUAGACGAUUCGGUAACAAUCAUUGAAGCAACCGUGGAUCACAUCGAUCUCGUUGAUAGCAGUAGCGAGGAGGAACUUGAUGAAGAUGAAGAUGAUGAAACCGACCAGCAGGUGGAAGAGGACUACUCCGGUGACAGUCUUCCCGCGUGGCAAAAGAAGGACAUUGAUAUCAAUGUGCUGAAGACCGUGUGUCAAAUUUGCGGCGCUACAACAAACGACAUGGCCAGCCACCUGGAGAGUCACAUAAUUGAUGAUCCGCCAGUGCCCAGAAAACCUCCGGCACCAAAGGUGCAAACGGAAUCGGACAGCAGCGCUAGUGAUGGCAGUUUGAAACCCAAGAGGAAACGGAACGCUGCCGUUGAAGAACAGGGAAAACCAGCACCAUCCCAGCAGCAGCAGCAGCAGAAGCAACCGUUGAAGUGCGACGUGUGUGGGACGGAAUUUGUCAGCUUGCUGGCGGCGAAGUUGCAUGCUCGAUCGCACCCGCUGAAUUGGACAAUUGACAGCAGUAGUCGAGCGUACGAUUCAGUUAAAUCAAGACCCGUGGUAAGGAGGGCUUACCGAUAAAGCAAUUGGUUGAAACAUACAUAAGUGAUUAGA